AUGGCUCACAGUUUCCCGAAGGAGAAGCUGAAAACUGUCGAAAGCCAGCUUUCAGAUGCAAGUCGGGAACAGGACGAGGUCAAAAGACUGCUGGAAGAAUUUGCAGCGUAUACACUUGCAAACGCAAAAGCUGAGGAGCUUGUUCGGGCUGUGCUUGAUGACCUAGAAGCCCGGAGGACUUUAAAGGACCGGCCGGAGGCCGCCACAGCAUCCUCUGAGAGCCAAGACACCACAGAUGAGGGCAAAGCUGUCGAGAAGAAGAACAGGUUGGGCCGGACGGAGCUGCACAAUGCCGUGUGCAGCGGUGACAAAGACUACGUCCAGCAGCUCCUGAAAAAUCGCGCGUUUGUUGAUGCCACGGACAGAAGUGGCCGGACACCACUACACUUGGCCGCCAGUGAGCUCUCGGAACCCGUCAAAAUCAUCGAACUACUGCUGGAGGCCAGAGCCAGGACCCAGGCUGAAGACCUCAGCGGCCCGGAGCCUCAGAGGUCUUCACAUAGAAUAUGUGAAUGUGUAUGAUCUGAGCCCUCGGAUCCAAC